AUGUCAGAGGCUGGCGGCGUAACGGGGAGCGUUGGCAAACCGGUUGAUCUGGGCAAAUCGAUUGAACAAAUACUGCCCCUGUUGGGCGAUGAGGUGGAGGCUGGAACGGUGGCAGAGGGUGGAUUUACGUGGCAUAUUGAAGACUGGUCUCAGUUGACUAAUGAUAAGUACAUUUCACCGAGAUUUAAGGUCGGUGACUACGAAUGGGAUGUCUUACUAUUCCCGCAGGGAAAUCAGAACAAAAGUUUAGCGGUUUAUUUGGAGCCCCAUGCUGAAGAGCGGAAGAAUGCUGAAACUGGAGAGCUGGAGUAUGUUGAUCCUGAUUGGUACUGUUGUGCCCAGUUCGCCAUUGUUCUUUCGAGACCGGAAGAAGAUAAUAAAGUGCAGUUAGCAAAUACCUCGCAUCACAGGUUCAACAGGAUUGACACUGACUGGGGGUUUGCUAACUUUAUUGACCUGACAUACCUGAAAUACCCAGCCAAGGGAAGGGUAUCUGGUUUGCUUAACAAGGGUAUGCUUAACAUCACGGUGUACGUUCGAAUCGUGGAGGAUACUACUGGGGUAUUAUGGCACAAUUUCAUCAAUUAUGACUCCAAGAAGGCCACUGGAUAUGUUGGGUUUCGAAACCAGGGCGCAACAUGCUAUUUAAACUCACUAUUGCAAUCCUACUUUUUUACCAAGUACUUCAGGAAACUGGUUUACCAAAUACCUACUGAGGGCAAAAACGACAAUGUGACAUUGGCUCUGCAGAGAGCGUUUUAUCAGCUGCAAGUGUCGAACCUUCCACUGGAUACCACGGAGCUGACAAAGUCCUUUGGCUGGGAUAAUGCAGAGGCUUUCACACAGCACGAUGUCCAGGAACUCAAUAGAAUAUUGAUGGACAGGUUGGAGACGAGGAUGAAAGGAACUGCCGUAGAGGGAGAACUGAACCACUUAUUCGUUGGUAAGAUGAAGAGCUAUAUCAGAUGUAUCAAUGUGGAUUAUCAAUCUGUCAGGACAGAGGAUUUCUGGGAUAUUCAACUGAACGUCAAAGACAUGAAGGAUCUUCAAACUUCUUUCCAGAACUAUAUUGAGGUAGAACUCAUGGAUGGGGAAAAUCAGUAUGCAGCUCAAGAUUAUGGGCUUCAGGAUGCUAGGAAAGGUGUAGUUUUUGAAUCAUUUCCACCUGUUUUGCACCUUCAAUUAAAAAGAUUUGAAUAUGACUUCAAUUAUGAUCAGCUAGUAAAAGUUAACGAUCGCUAUGAAUUCCCUGAUAAAAUUGAUUUAGCUCCCUAUAUGGAUUCCGAUGUUAUUAAGAAUAAACCGGGGCCUAGAAUAUACAAGUUGCACGGUGUUUUGGUGCAUACAGGGGACAUAUCUACGGGUCAUUACUAUGCUCUUAUAAAACCUGGUGUAGAAGAUGAAUGGUAUAGGUUUGAUGAUGAGAGAGUAUGGAAAGCAACCAGAAGGCAAGUGUUCGACGAGAACUUCGGUUUUGAUAGACUACCGGAUGAUAAGAUUCGCUGUAUGACGAGGGAACAGUAUCAAGACUACCUCAUUCAACGUCAUACUAAUGCGUAUAUGCUCGUUUACAUCGCAGAAGAUAAGGAAGAAGAAAUUUUGCAACCAGUGACCGAAGCUGAUGUUCCUGAAUCAAUUGUUGCCAGCGUCCAAGAAUUAAAUAGGGAGCGGGAACUCAGAGAGAAAGAGAUUCGUGAGGCGCACUUGUAUACAAGCAUUAGAAUCACCUCACUGAAGAACUUCAUUCAUUACCAAGGCUUUGACACGGCCCCGAACGUCAGGUCUACGCUCUACUCCCCCGAGCUAAACUCAGAUGAUACGCUGCCUAUUACAUUGAAAGUGUCUUGUAAGUCCUACAUGAAAGAUGUGUACAAGAACGUGAUUGAACAGCUCAACAUACCGCGGGGCAGAAAUGUCAGGCUAUGGAAAAUGGGUUACCGUAGAAACGGUACUCUACGAUUAGAAGAGCCUCUUCCCUCAGAUAUCGAAGAAAUGACCCUUGAAGAAACGUUUGGAGAUGAACAAACUGGUAAAGUACCUUCUUUGGAUAUAUUUGUCGAAGAGCCUUAUUUGGAACUAAGGUUCUUACAAACAUUGAAAAAGGCUGGUAAGCUUCCAUCUUCGGAAGUUGAUGAUAAGCUGAUUGACGCCCUAAGGAGCGAUGUGUCUUCUUUCAUUACCUCUGAUAAUGUCCCUACAAUAUUGGAUGACGAAAAUUACCAGGUGAUUUUUCUCAAGAAAUUCGACAUUAGUGAGCAGCGCUUGAACGGUUUUGGUUACUGUGUUGUAAAUCAGUUAGAUGAGAUCUCAACGUUGUCAAAAUUGGUGAGCGACUUUAUCGACUCUUCCGAGCCCGUGCAACUGUAUGAAGAGUUACAGCCUGGUUCUAUAGAUCUACUCUCCUUAAAGGACAAAUUUUUCACUGCUGAACUCUCAUCAGGAGAUAUACUUACUUUUCAAGAUCCUAAAUCAAAAGCGCCAGACACGUUCCCAGUUUACCACGACUUAAAAUCAUUCUACGAUUAUCUGAGACACAGGAUAAAGCUUAAGUUCAACAAAGCCGAAGAAUCUAGCGAGGAGUAUGUUCUUAAAAGCUCCACACCUGAUCAAUUUGAGUUCUGGAUUUCUGCUCACGCUACCUAUUCCGACGUUGCGAGAGUCGUAUCGCAAUUGACCGGUGUCCAACCUGAAUACUUGAAAAUAUUUGCAUUAUACUCAAAUGGAAAAUUUCCACUUAAAUCGGAUUCUUUGCUAAGUGACUACAUCAUCAGGGAUUAUAACUCAGAUUUGAAACCGGUCUUCGAGUACGAAGUCCUCUCGAUGCCUCUGAGAGAAUUGGAGCACUUGAGGUCGCUCAAGUUUUACUGGCUGAAGAACAGUUAUAUACACUAUCAGAGCUUUGAAUUCAAGGUGACCAACAACUGUACGGUGAAAGAGUUCCUGGAUAAAAUUCAAGCGAAGAUUGGCUUCUCCGAUGAUGACAAGGGGAAAAUACUUUUGUGGACUAACUAUAAUUUUCAAUUUCAGGGCAUUCUUUCCGAGAAUAGCACAUUGAAAAGCAUUGGCAAAUCAGUUUUAUUGUUCGGCAGAAUUCUUCCUGAGGAGCUGGCAUUGGUAAAACAGCUUGAUAGUUUGUCCAACACUGAGGAUGAGUCAAUGGAUGACGAUGAGGAAGACCUGGGUCUAACUGAAAGUAACCCCAAAGCCGUUUUACAGGGGUGUUUGAUAAUUGUGUCGCAAUAUUUCAAGGACAUUGAAAAUAGGCACGGAAUCUCUUUUCUAUUCAAGUUGAUACCCAACGAACCUUUUCCUCAGACAAGAGCUCGGUUACAUGAGAAGUUUGGGUUGGGCCAAAGAGAAUUCUCCAAGAUUAACUUAGCCAUAUCUUUCUCUACUCCUAGCGGAACAUCCUUCAGAUCUUUGCAAGGUUAUACAGAAGAGGAGCUCGACAGCCUUGUUUUGUUCAAUGUUAUGAGUAACCUGGAUUGUCUAUAUAUGGAUCAUCCCGAUAGAUUGAGAUCACAGAGCUCACAUGAUAGACCAAUGGUGAUAAAAAACUAG